GUUGUGUCCGCGCUGGGAGGAACACGUGGGUCAGAACAGAAACAUGGCGGCGGCCAAGAGGAAGCGUGGAGCUGCUGCCGCGGAGGACCGGAGCGCUAAGCGGGAGAGAGCGGAGGAACAUGCCGGAGACCCGGAGAACCCGAGCGCUCCCAGCGCCGAGAUCACCGUCCCACCUCCCGUCUCUAUGGGAAAGUGGAAAAACAAAGAGCGUGUUCUGGUUUUCUCCUCACGAGGAAUCAACUUUAGAACAAGGCACCUCAUGCAGGACCUGAGGACUAUGAUGCCUCACUCAAAAGCAGAUACAAAAAUGGACCGGAAAGAUAAGCUGUUUGUUGUUAAUGAGGUUUGUGAAAUAAAAAACUGCAACAAGUGUGUUUUCUUUGAGGCCAAGAAGAACAUGGAUCUGUACAUGUGGGUGUCUAAUGUUCCUCACGGACCUUCAGCUAAAUUCCUGGUUCAGAACGUGCACACACUCGCCGAGCUGAAAAUGACCGGAAACUGCCUGAAAGGAUCCAGACCACUGCUGUCAUUUGACCCGAAAUUUGAUAAGGAGCCUCAAUAUGCCCUUUUGAAGGAGCUCUUCACACAGACUUUUUCAACGCCUCACUACCAUCCGAAGAGCCAGCCGUUCGUGGACCACGUGUUUACUUUUACAAUUGCAGACAACAGGAUAUGGUUCCGUAACUACCAGAUUAUAGAAGAAGACGCGUCUCUGGUGGAGAUUGGACCUCGCUUCGUCCUCAAUCUAAUUAAAAUAUUUCAGGGCAGCUUUGGAGGCCCGACGCUUUACGAAAACCCUCAUUUCCAGUCCCCGAACUCGUACCGCCGCAUGGUCAGAAUGGCCAAAGCAGCUAAGCAGAAGGAGCGUCAGAUGGUGAAGGAGAUCCGGCUGGAGAAGAGGAGGGAGGUGAAGGAGGUGCUGACGGAGGACGUGACGGACGACGUGUUCGUGACCCCGGCUGAGGAGAAGCCGGAGAUGGUGGAGAACGAGCCGCCGGUGCAGAACAUCAACAAGAAGAAGAAGCAGAAGCUGAUGGAGCUGAAGAGGAAGAACGUGAUGAAGCGUAAAGGUCUGCUGUGAACCUCAGCAGGAUCAGAGCACGGGUUCAGAUGAAGCCUGGCCUCGUUUUUAAACCCUCACUUUAUUCUGCGAUGUUAAAGUGGGCGUGGUUUAGGAACAGCGGGCUGUGGAAUACUCUGGGACUGAUUUAUUAUGUGAGAGAUAACUGCUUCUGUAGAUUUCUAUGGUUAUUGUAUGAGAUGAAUUUUCUCAUUCUGUGUACCGACUGUUUUGUACUUUGGAUAAAUACAAAUAUACAAAUUCCAGUGUUUUUUUGUUUGUUUUUUGCUUAUUUUGUUGAGUUUGUAAUAACACGAUUAAACUCUGACCCUGAUUGUCUGAA